UUACCCGGCACUGGCGGAAGACGACACUGUUCAGUGCAUCAGCGGAAAAUGUAGGCGACUCGGCAGAAAUCCGCUGUCGCGUACCAUGACCUUUCCCUCCAUGCCCCCUUAUAAGCGGAUGCUGGCGGAUACCCACCAGCUAAGCGAGCGCAACACCGUUGCGGUCCGCAACGACGACGGUGCAUACUGGCUGGGACACAUUCAGGACAUCGCUGGCGACUACGCCUUUGUCGAUUUUCAAAGUAAAAGAGUCCCAGCCAGCUGGCUGCAUACGGGGCGUGUGUGGCCUCUGCCGGUCCCGGAGUAUAACGAGCAUGCCACGCCGGUAUAUUUAGCGGCUCUCCGUGACGAAGACGACGGACCAUUCCGCUUUCGUCCAAUCACUGUGUUUUUUAUUGGCCCUAUAUGGGGUAUACUGGUGAAGGAUUACGACCAAACAGAUAUCAGCAGUAAAUCACAAAAUGAGCAUACGGAAUUAGUGGACGUUGGUCAAAUUAUCGAUCAGGCAGCGCUAUCCCAGCCGCCGAUGCUGUACCGUACCACCGGUUUCCUGCUCACCAAGCGCUUUGUUCCUUUUGCCAGGGCGCAUGACGUUCUAUGCGACGCAUCCGACAAGUCGCGCAUCAUCCAUCACAUGUGCGAGUCUUUUAGUCACGCUGCGCGUGAACGGCGUUCAUUCGAUUACGGUCGUUUUCACCUGCGCAUUGAACAGAAUGGAUGCACGUUUAUCGUCAGCCAUAUAACCCACCACCAGGCGGAAGCGCCAACCGUGGAAACACUGUCGGGUAUACUGCAACGUCAUUUAGACUCCCGGACCCAUCUGCCGGCGUUCAUUUACAAUGACCUCUGCGACCGUGUCAGCGCACCCGAUGUUGGGCGAGCGGAACCUCCGUCUGACGAUGCUUCGCUGGACCAUCUGUCGAUCUCACUCCUCUGCGAGAUCUUUGCUUAUCUGGACUUGCAUUCACGAAUGAAGCUUAAAAGAGUGUGUACAAUGUGGAUUUCGCUGCUGAACAGCCGUCAUGUGGUCGAACACAUCAGCAUUUGUUUGAAAACCUGCUCUCAUGAUACGAUAUCCCACAAUCUGAACAGCUACAAAGCAGCGUCUCUGCUCCACCGCAUGGUCAACUCGGCGACAAAAAGCCUCACCAUACUGCAAAACUUCGACUACCACUUCUGUCUGAGCAACCUUUUGAAGGGCAUGGGAAUCAAAGUGCCGACAAUAAUUUUCAAAGACCACAUUGUUACCAAUAAAAACGGAAGUAAUAUUGGAUACCCGGAUAUAUGCGAGGGACAAUUUCCGUUAAACUACGCACUAGGGGCGCGGUGCGCCAUCUUCGACGAUUGCUGUCAGCGUGUUGUGAUUUAUAAUUGGAAAGUGAGUGAUAUUUUUGGCGCUGUAGCGUACGAGCUGUUCUCCAAAUAUUACUCAUACCGGAAAUCUGUACGGGAAUUUAUGCGAUUGCCCCGGAUCGAAACAAGUUCAAUGAUGGCGUGUUUGACUCAUGAGUCGCAUGUCGGUGUACUCGCGGCCGACGCCCUGCAAAUCACGAUUCCGCAGCUGAUUCUGCACAGUAGUGAUGGGCGGUACCACAUGCUGCGGCGAUUUAUGUGGGGGUUGAACGACAACUUUCCCCCGGUUACCGAGGACAUAUAUACAAAGGUCACAGCUGUGCACGCUCGCUGGGUGCGCAACUUACAGUAUCCGGCUGAAUGGAGUAGGAUCCGAGCGUAUCUUGAACUAUUUAGCGGAUUCCACGCGGACGGCUCAGCGAAAUUUUGGGACGAACUGGACCUGCGAACCGAAAAUGUGCGUACAUGGAGCAGGAUGGCGCUUUUUGGGAUUAAGGACAUAUUCCCAGCUGCAGAGUGCUGGUAGAUUGCGUAUUGACUCAUGCGCAUCAACAUUCGCUAUUGUUUCCACUGGUUAAUCACUAUUCAUUCACUAAUCUUACUUACUUCUGCAUCACCGUCUGAU